GUCAAGUAUGACGAUUCAAUGCAUCUUAUAAGCGAAUGGCAACAAGGAAAUUAGUUCACAGCUCACAAAUUAUAAACAAACACGUCAAAAAAACUGAACUUCUUCAUCCUGGUAAAAAUUUUAAGGAUUAAAGACUUGCUUCAGAAUGUUUUCAAAGAAACAGAAUCAGCUGUUAGCCAGAGUCAAUUUUCCUUUAUACACUGUUCACUGUUUAACAGAGCGUCAUAUUCUUGUGGCUGGUGGAGGUGGUAGUGCAAAGACUGGUAUUCCUAAUGUGAUACAAAUAUAUGAAUUGAUAAAUAGUGGAACAACAUGCCGAGCUGAAUCAGUCACACAUUUCGAAACGGGAAGUGAAGCUAUAAUGAAUUGCACUGUAUUUGAUGCUGGGAAGUAUUUUUUAUUAUUUGCUGGUAUGGAAGGGAAUUGUCAUGUUUAUAAAAUAAAGCAUUCCAUUUCGGAUGAAGGAAUAGAAAUUAAAAAGAAAGAACCUGAAAAGCAAAACCAAGUUAUUCAAAGGAAAAAUAAAACUAUACCCAAUAAGAAAUGUUCCGAUGAUCAGUCUAGUCCAGAUUUAAACUGUAAAAAACCAGAUGCAAAUGCUAAUGUGAUUCAUUCCAGGCUAUGCUUUGACAUAAAACAUUUGGAAUCUUUUCAAACUGAUUUCAGUGCUGAGCUCUAUCAAAAGCAGGUUAGGUUCUCAAAUUCAGCAAGUUUGUUAGCCACUGCUGGAGCAGACGGGCAUAUUAGAAUCUGGAAGCAUCCUAAACUUAAUAAGGUUUAUGACAUUGAGGCUCAUGAAGCUGAUGUAGGUGAUUUGGAUAUUUGUCCUCUUGGUAAAAGAAUGGUUAGUGUGUCUAGGGAUGGCCGUGGCAAAGUGUGGAGCCUUGAAAAUGGUUCAUUAAUAUUGGAAUUAAAAUACAUUUUGCCUACUAAAAGUAGUGCUAAGUAUACAUUUAGAAAUUGCAGAUUUGGAAUAGUUGAAGAUAAGAAUGAUUUAGCCCUUUUUGCAACUUUGAAUCCAGUUCCAUCAAAACCAUCGUCACAAUGUUAUAUAGCUAAAUGGGAUACAAAGAAUUUUGAUCAACAGAAAAUAGUUGCAGCAGGUACUGACUUGUUUUCUGCUAUGGCUAUAAGUGACAAUGGGCACUUCAUAGGACUUGGCACACAAAGUGGUAGUGUUAAAAUAUAUAUUGCUUUUAGCUUGCAACAGAUUUACAAUAUAGACAAGGUACAUGGAAUUUUCGUAACGGGAUUGGAGUUUUUGCCAACUCGUGAUGAAUCUCGUAGAAUCACUGGUGGACAUGAGACUUCUUUGCUCAGCAUAUCAAUUGAUAACCAUGUAAUCAUACAUCACAUUCCUAUGCGUCCCUCAAUGGGAAUUUUGACAUUAAUCACUUUGUUCAUCCUUACAUUGUUCAUCAUAUUUGUCCUGAUGGAUUACUUAAACUUGUGAAAUAUUGAAUUAUUAUGGUGACAAUUAUAAACAUAAUUUUAAGAAAUUAUUGUAUUUUUAAUUGUAUAUUUAUUUUAAAUUUUAAGUGUACUGUAGACUUUUAUUGUGCUGUUUUAAUUAAAAUGUUUAGACAUGCAUAUGUAUAGCUGUAAAUUAGCUGUACAUAAUAAUGAAUAAAUCUAUUGUGAUGUGAAUAAAAUAUUCAAGAUUUA